AUGAUAUAUAUAUAUAUAUUGAAUUAUUGUAGUUGGGUUGUUGACGUUGAGGGAUUCGACACUUCGCUUCCUGAGGAUGAGAUCAAGGAGGCUUUGACCAAUCAAUUCUGGUUAUGUGGAGGAAUCGUUAAAGUUUUCCUUGACGACAAAGACCCUAAAACCGAUGUUCUCAACAGCCAUGCUACUAUUGUCAUGGUCGGAGAUGACGCUGCUGAGAAUGUGUUGGAACUUAAUGGAAGUGUACUGGGUGGAAGGAAACUAGUUGUUAAGGCCAAACGGUUCCCAGGUACAUAAAUUUGGAUCGGAGGACUAGAAAAGCUCGCUCUCUCGCUCUUUCAGAUCGUGUGUUCUACAAUAACAAUAUCUUAAUUUCUUUUAUUAUGUAAUUGUCUGGAGCUUAAUUUAAGCUCUAUAUGUAUAUGACAGUUUGUGUGUGGAUGUUUUAGUAAGCUUAAUAAUCAUUGAUUAGUAGUAGGUAGACAAAAAAAAGCUGCUUCCUAUAUCAUCUUCCGUGGGACUCAAAUCUGAGCUUUAGUAUCCCAACUUGGUUGACCAAAUCAUUUACUUGUGUAACUCAAAGACUAGACAGAUACUUUAGCUUGAGGACCACA